CCCCCCGCUCCCCGGCCCUUCAACCAGGUGCCGGGCGAGUGGCGAGCGGGCUGGCUCAACCUGUACCGCUUCUGGCAGGAGGGCGGCCUCACCAACCUGCACCUCAUCAUGGCGCGCAAGUUCCGCCGCUUCGGGCCCAUCUACAGGUCAGCUGGCCGUGUCGCCUCCCCUGUCCCCUCCCCGUGUCACCUCCCGUGUCCCCAGCAGUGUUCCCUGCUCGUGUCCCCUCCCCCGGGCUGGCUCAACCUGUACCGCUUCUGGCAGGAGGGCGGCCUCACCAACCUGCACCUCAUCAUGGCGCGCAAGUUCCGCCGCUUCGGGCCCAUCUACAGGGAGAAGCUGGGCGUGUAUGACAGCGUGAACAUCAUCAGCCCCGGGGACGCGGCCGCGCUGUUCCAGGCCGAGGGGGCGCUGCCCGAGCGCUUCAGCGUCCCGCCCUGGGUGGCGUAUCGCGACCUGCGCAACAAGCCCUACGGCGUGCUGCUCAAGACGGGCGAGGCGUGGCGCUCGGACCGGCUGCUGCUCAACAAGGAGGUUCUGGCCCCCGAGGCGCUGCCCGCCUUCGUGCCGCUGCUCAGCGCCGUGGGCGAGGAUUUCGUGCGGCGGGCGCGGGCCCAGGCGCGACCUAAACGCGAGGCGGGCGGCGACAGGGAGAAAAUGCUGAAAUCCACACGGCUGCUCAAGGCUGCCAUCAAGGAGACACUCAGGCUGCACCCGGUGGCCGUGACCCUGCAGAGGUACACCACGCACGAGGUCAUCCUGCAGGACUACCGCAUCCCCCCUGGAGGUCCUGACAGCCCUGAGCAGGCGCUGAGCAGGUCCUGGCAGCUCCGUGCCCUGUCCCUGUCUCCCCAGACGUCCAUGACCCUGCAGUGGGCCAUGCUGGAGCUGGCGCGGGCCCCCAGCGUGCAGGAGCAGCUGCGGGCCGAGGUCCUGGCAGCUAAACGCGAGGCGGGCGGCGACAGGGAGAAAAUGCUGAAAUCCACACGGCUGCUCAAGGCUGCCAUCAAGGAGACACUCAGGUGAGGAGGAGGAGGCGCUCAGGUGAGGAUGAGAUGCUCAGGUGAGGAGGAGGAGACGCUGGUGCAGGUGGGGCUGUACGCCAUGGGCCGGGACCCCGCGGUGUUCCCGCGGCCGGAGCAGUUCGUGCCGCAGCGCUGGCUCGCCGCCGGCCCCAAGCACUUCCAGGGGCUCAGCUUCGGCUUCGGGCCGCGCCAGUGCCUGGGGCGCCGCAUCGCCGAGCUGGAGAUGCAGCUCUUCCUCAUGCACAUCCUGGAGAACUUCAAGAUCGAAACCGCGAGAGCCGUGGAAAUCGGCACCAAGUUCGACCUCAUCCUGAUCCCGGACAAGCCCAUCGAGCUGACGCUGCGGCCCCUGGAGAGCGGGGAGUGAGGAGCCCCCUCCCCCGCUGGCACCCCCGCAUCCCGGCGGCCC